AUUUCCAGCAAUUUAGGAUUUUUUUUUAAUUUUUUUUUUUAUUAGGCCUAGGCAUAAUUAUUAUUAUUGUAAAUUUUUGGAACUGAUUGCAUUAGCACUUUGUUUUUAUACAUAAAAUACUCGGAACUUCUCUUUAUUUAACAAAGACACAUUUAUGUGGGGAACUUCGUACACCGAAUUAAAAAAGUUUGACAUUUAAAAUUGUUCAAGGGAAGUGAAUUGUUACCUGCAUGGGGAUCUAGAAACCACAGAUCCGCCAUUUUUAUACACUGUACCCAAAAACUUGACAACUUUCGUCCCGUGGAUAUUUUUUUCCAGUUUUAAACGUUGAAUUUACUAUGAUUAAGACGGAAAUGUGGAUAACUUGUAUACAUUAAAUGAUAUAGAACAAUGAACGGGCUAAAAUCAAACAUUGGAGGACAGCAUGGACGACAUUCGUUGCAGAGUAGCGGUGCCAUUCCUACAUUGAGGAUACAGGCGGAUACCCCUGUGCCCCGGUCAAACGGAAACACACCUGUCCCGAGUAAUCAGGACAAAGUCCAACUCCCAGCAUUGUCUGUCACCCCACGCAUCGUACAGCAAGGCAAGCCAUGCAGCCAGACGACUCCACGCAUCCCCCACCCGAAUCAAGUCAACAACUACUAUCGCUAUGGAAACAAAACUGAUCUCAAUGGAAUGGGACCCAUGUGCUUUGGAAUCAAUCAACGUAAAGACAGGAGCAACAUGGGCCACAAUGCUGCGUGCAUGCAGCAACAAAAUUCAAAUCUUCAUGUUCCUAACAGGGGACUAGAGAACGCCACCCCCACACCUAGUGAGGUGUCCGACAUUGUCACACCCAGAAACGGAGAGAUGACCCCUAAACUGGAGCCCGGUACCGCACCAUAUCACAGCGGGACAAGUAACGACAAACAUGUGUUUCUGGAACCACUCCCUGUCACUAAGCAAGAGUGGAACCCCUACAAACCACUGGGCCAUAUUCAGAAUCAAACCUCUGUUCAUGGAUCUGUCCAUGGGAGUGAGGCUGACAGAAAUUCCAUGUCCCAGGGGAUGAGUGCGGCCACUGUGUCUCUGUCCCCAUUCCAGAACAUAGAAUCCUCUCCGUCUGGGUCAAUGUACACUAGCCCACGACACUCUGCACACAGGAUGCAUGGUACCAAACGGGCCCUGUCCAUUUCGCCUAUUGGAUCAGACGGCAUGGAUCUGUGCUCACUGAUCAGAACCUCUCCCACGUCUCUGGUGGCAUACAUCAAUGGAUCGAGAAGUUCCUCCACAAGCGUGUCCCCCCAGCCAAGCCAACAGCCCGGACACUUCACCCAUCUCAUCGCUCACUGGACACAGAGGUGCAGCACCGGAAGCCCCUACUCUGGUUCAGGUUCCUCCAAGAACCGGAUGAAUCAAACUCCAAUGAGCUCUGGCUCUGGCUUUAAGAGGGAGACAGAAGUUGGACUGCAUGAGAAUCUGUCUGACAUAUUCCCGGAUAUUGUGAGUAACCAAGUGGUGGUUCAGCAGAGUGAGAUCCCCUUCCUGGAGCAACGCGCCAUGCAGGACAUGCAAAUGUAUCAAGGACCUCGCUCCACCAACUCAACCCACUAUCCCCCACCCACAUACAAUCAGGCCAUCAGCCAGCAACCAGCACCCCACAGCAUGAUGCCUCCUCCACCCCAGCAAUCCAGCAUGCCCCCGCCAUCAUGCAUGUCAGUCCCCCCUCAGCCUCUAGCGCAGCACAAUACAAACUCUGCAAACAUGAUAAACAAUAACCAAUUAAUGAGUGAGAACAGUUACCUUGGCAACAACAUGCCUCCACUUGAAGAUGGGGAGGUGGAUGAAAAUGGAGAAAAACAGAAUAUAUGCAAGUGGAUAGACUGUAAUCAGGUGUUCAAAGAGCAGGAAGAGCUAGUACGGCACCUGGAGAAGGCUCACAUUGACCAACGGAAAGGCGAGGACUUUACGUGCUUCUGGUCCGGUUGUCAGCGGAGAUAUAAACCGUUCAACGCUCGAUACAAACUCCUCAUCCACAUGCGAGUGCACUCAGGGGAAAAGCCCAACAAAUGCACAUUUGAAGGUUGUACAAAGGCAUUUUCACGACUGGAGAACCUUAAAAUUCACCUUCGAUCUCAUACGGGUGAGCGGCCCUACAUUUGUCAACAUGCUGGAUGUAACAAGGCAUUCUCAAACUCCUCAGACCGAGCCAAGCAUCAACGUACGCACCUUGACACAAAACCUUAUGCUUGUCAAGUUGCUGGCUGUACGAAGAGGUACACAGAUCCAAGCUCACUACGCAAGCAUGUUAAAAAUCACAAUCAAAAGGACGGAUCUGUCAAGAAAAAGUUAAAGAAAGAGAGUGACAUGGGAGGGGUUAUGUUGAAUGACUGUCUCCAGGUCCAACAAAUGCAGCUCGAGCAAAUGCAGCAGACACCGCCUGACAGCGUGGACAUGCGGGGCCUAGUGACAGGGCCCACAACAGACCUCUACUCAGUGGGAGUGAACUACAACAGCGGAAAUACCUCAGCCAAUCAGUCUCCGGGCCCUGUGAUGCAGCAGCAGAAUAGCCCACUGAACACCUCCGGUGGACUCAGUGCAGUAGAGGAAGAACGAUUUGGGACGUUUUCACCAGCCCCUCCCUCUUCCCAGAACUAUAAUACCUCACGUCGACACUUUAUACCCAUGCGGACAGGAAUGCCCCCUGUUAUGCGGGCCCAAAUGCAUCAACAAAUGUACCCCAAUGCGUACCAGCAGUAUAUUCAGGAACAAGGUACGCAACAAAAGUUGGAAAGGUGUGGUAAUAAAAAAAAAAUGAAAAAAGAUAUUUUUACAUUGCAAAUGGGUUUAAUUAACUUCACUUGUACCAAUUUGCCGAAAAUAAGUUUUGUUGAGAAAAUCAGUAGGGUGAUUUUUAAAUGUUUUUGUAUAUUGAAAGAAAAAUUUAAAGUGAAGCAAAGCUAUGUUUAUUUUCAGAUGGACAGUAUCAGUAUCGUAACAAUAUGUAUGACCCAGCAAACUAUGACAACAUGCACCGAAUCUCAGGAGGCAUCGAGGGUCUUCCUGAUGAUUUUAACAUGUCCCUCCCGUGCGCAGCCGAGGAGCAACAGACACAGCAGUACCUUCAGCACACCGCCAUCGAUCGCUGCAACAGUCGAAUGUCUGCUAUUUACGCGGACGGCACCACUUAGUGACGCAUAAUGGACCUUUGUCAUCUGUGAUAUAGUUUUACUGUCUGUUACGCAAUCCAGCAAAAUCGGGACAGUUUUUUCUGUGUGUAAAACGUAGCAGGUGCGCCCUCUGAUCAUCAUAGACUACACAAGAAUCAACAUUUUUAACACUACACAAAGCGUAGUUUUUAGCAACUUAUGUAUUGUGGCAAUAACUUAUUGUGUUAAGCGCUACCGUCCCAGGUUUUAACAGAAGUGCUAUGUGUUUCAUACUUGUCACCCUAUCACAACAUACUGUCACAUGACUUUGAACACUCUAUAUGUGCAUUGUACAACAUCCACCCGGUUUUUUUUUGGUUUUUUUUUGUAAGACACACUUGGGCAGUACUUAUUAAUAUGAAAGUAGUUAGAACAAAAAGUCCCAUAUGUUUUUUAUAUAUUGUGUUUUUGGUUUUUUAUUAUAAAUUUGACAAAUUUUUGAAGUCCGUCCUGAUGCCAGGAAAACUUUGUCUUUUCUGUGAUCCGUCCUCUCUGAGCAGUAUUAUCUCCCUUUACAUUUAAUGCUGAUUUUAUUUUACAGAGUAUUAGAUGCUAACAUCAGCAACACAACUGUAUUCAUUAUAGUACAGGUGUGGUCAAAAGUUUAGUAUUGUACUUGUUCACCACUUAAGCGGAGUUCAGAGAAUAGAAAUUUAAGUGCUCCGUCCAUUCAUUGCAUAGUAAACCACAUUCCUUCAGUCAGUCAUUUUUCUCAAUUUCUACUAAUAACAUGUUCACGCUCUUCAUUUUUUGUAUUAACAUUAAUAUGUGCCAAUCAAAUGUGGUAUUCAUUUUGAAUUUUUGAAUAUCACACAUUCGGCUGCCCCAGUGCUCCCAUCUUAUUUAUGAUAUAUAGAGUAUUUAUUUUGUUAUCAUCAUUUUAUAGCUGUGAUCAUCUUGUCAACAUCCAGUUGUGUCCCCUGCCAAAGAAGCGCCCCCAUCCUAUUACAAUUCACUAUCCAUUGUUUGGCGUAAUGCCAAUCCGUCCAGAUCAAAAUGGCUGACAUUUUUUAUGUUGACCAUGUAAAUAGCAUGCAUAUAAAUCAUAGUUAUGCUUGAGUUGUAAUCCCCUUGCCAAAGCCUUAAUUUUGGGAAUCUUAAUUUAUACAUGUAUCAACAGAAUGCAGACUGUAGAGCAAUUUAUUCAUCAUAUGGGUUUUUUUUUGUUUGAUUGUUUGAUAAUUGCAAGUGUAACCAAAAUAUUUCAAAAAUUUACUACGCGCCUUGAUUUUUUUUCCUCAUUUUGUUUGUGAAUAUUCCAUCAUGUCUUGUAAUAUUUUGAGUUGCUAGGUAACUAGAUCAUGUAUCGGCCAGUCACCUUUUGGAGCACGACCAUUCCUCACUGGGGACGUAUAUGCCAUGCGGCAUAUAUAACAAACAAUAACGCACGCGUGCUGCUCUGGACUGUAUUUCAGCUUGUAGUUGUGUGUAUUUAUUUUGUAGACUACAAUUUGGUUUUUAAUCUCAGUGAUUUUUAACUUAUCAAAAAAUUCCUUUACAUAUUUUGACCUCAUUAAUUAUUUAUAAAAGGUAUUUCAAGCCACCCGGUGUGGCUAUGUUGAAUAAAAAUUUUCUAAACAGGAGUAAAUUGUUACAUGGUGGCUACUUCAGAUCAUUCCACUCAAUUUCUGGGACGCAGCUUCGAGACUUGUGACUGUGUUAUGUGAUUUUUUUGACUUUGGUUUAUGUACCUGUACAAUUUGCUUUUUUAAGUGAAUGCUUUUAUUGACUAGCUAUGGAGACUGACAAUAUUAAUCGUUGUUCUGUUAGAACAUCUAAGGGAGACUACUUCUAUAAAUAGAUAUGGAGGUUAAUUGUUAUGUAUUGUGUUUUGAGAUGAUCGUUCCCUCUUUCCAUCCUUCUUGCUUUUCGAUCAUUAACAUAACAUUUUGAUGUUUGAUGAGGAGUCAGGAACUGCUCAGAGUCAAAAUAAAGUUUUCAAACCUAGCAAGAAUUGGCCAAGAGGGUGCAAUAUAUAAUUAAGACUAAUGUUGGAUGGAGAAAGCUUUUCAAUGAGGCAGGAUCAUUUAUAUAAGACCAAGCACCUUGCACGUUGGAGUUUUAGGAACGGGGUCUGUGUAUGCAUGCAGGAAUUGCCCUGCUGGGCUCCAUUAAGCCAAAACACUGUUGUAAAUUGGAAUCAAAAGACUUAGCAUGCAUAUGAAAACGUGCCUUAUUUGGAUGUCAGCUUAUAUUCUGUUAUUUGUUGUUCAUUAAAUGGUCCUGGAAAUUGUA